CUCGUUUUAGGGUUUUAAAUCGUGUGAUUUGUGGUACAGAUGGACCCCGCAGAAGAGAGAAGAGAGAUGAAGAGGCAAAAGGAGCACUACAUCAUGCUUCAAUGCGCGGCUGAUGCGCAAUACGGGAUUCCGACGAGGUGUCUGUGUGGUUUGCGGAUCAUUAAUGAGGUUCGUGGGAAGGAGGAGUACGACAGCCUUCCUGGGAAGCGCUUUUUCACGUGCAAGAACUACGAGGUAAACGAUUCUGAGUCCCCUUUCAGUUUGUAUAAGUUAUUUGCUUAUGGAUAGUUCUGAUAUCUAUUUGUUAUGUUGUAACCAAGGAUGAUGGGUUGCAUUUUCGUCAUCCUUGGGUGUUUGGUGUCCAGGAGGAGAUCGAGAGUCUGACAAAACGUGUGAAGGAGUCCGAGGAGGUGAUUCUUUUGAUGGCAAAACUCAAGCUUCAAAUUGAAACACUGGAGGAACAGGUUCACGACCUCAAUGUCAAAGUUCGUGUCCUACAGAAGGUCUGCUUCGACUAAAAACAGAAGGUACGCCUCAAUCUCAUGAAAACUGUUUGAGUGAUUGUUUUAUGUGUGUUGGUUGGUUUAUGUGGGUUGGUUGGCUUAUUUUAGUUGAAAAAACGGCAGUAGAAUUUAAUUUUAAAUUGAAAAAUAGGUAAUUUUCAAUCUCAUGAAAACUGUUUAAGCUUUAACUGAACUAGAAAUAUAAUUUUUCUUAUAUAUAUGAUCCGGUUUGAACUUAGACUGAACUAGAAGUUUAUCGACAACUAUAAGUACAAUGAUUUGAUGUGUAAUGAAUGCAUACCUUUGGUGGUUGGUUGCUGUGAUUUCGUUGCUUUGAUGUCUUUGCUGUGAUGUAGUAGCUGUGAUGUAGUAGAUUCAUUAAUUCUUACAUUAACUAUAAUGAAUGUUUGGUAGUUAGAUUUAGUUUAAUUGUUCUCUGCUAAAAGUAGUUUAAAACCAUAGGACCUCCUCUAGAGAAAACACAAACGAAAAUGGAUCCUCUCUACGCUAACUCUACCGGGUUUGUCCACUCUCCCGGUUUUGUUAACCUCUCAUCUUCACAGAACACUCAAACAAUAGACGUAGAAUCUUCUCAGUUCCCUAGCUUUAGUAGUCAGAGCUCUGUAGGUCCUAAGCCACUGGAAAGGCGGAAGUGGACGGCAAAAGAAGACUUGGUGCUGAUCAGUGCUUGGUUGAACACCAGCAAGGAUCCGAUUGUCGGUAAUGACCAGAAGGCAGGGGCAUUUUGGAAGAGAAUAGAGGUCUACGUUAACGCCAGCCCUCAGCUCAAUGGCUGUCCUCCUAGAGAGUCUAGUCAGUGUAAGCAGAGGUGGGGGAGAGUGAACGACUCGGUGGGGAAGUUUGUAGGAUCCUUUGAGGCCGCUUUGAAGAACCAAGCUAGUGGCCAAAAUGAGAAUGAUGUAAUGAAGGUUGCGCAUGAAAUCUUCACUAAUGACCAUGGGGCAUUGUUCAGUCUAGAACAUUGUUGGAGGGAACUCAGGUUCGAUCAAAAAUGGAGAUCACAUUACCUGUCCAAAGAUGGUGCAAAGGACAAAGGCAAGGAAUCUGCGGACAAGAGGAAGGAUCAAGCGGAGGUGGUGGUCGAGGAUGAUGAGGUGCGGCCUCCUGGUGUUAAGGCUAGCAAAGCAGCGAAACGGAGGAAGCACGGGAAUGAAGCAGCUUUUGAUCAAAUAAACGACAUCCUAGCUGUGAAAAAUGAGAUAUCGAAAAAUAAAAUCCUUAGCCGUCUCCUAGCCAAACCAGAAGACACACUAUCUGAUAUUGAAGUCUCUCUUAAGAACAAACUCAUAUCUGAAAUGCUUUGAUUUGGUCAGUGGCUUGAACUUGUUUAUUCAUUUGUUCUGUGGCUUUAACUUGUUUUAUUUGCUUGAACUUGAUUGUGCCUUAAAAUUGAUUGUGGCUUUAAAAAUUGAUUGUGGCUUGAACUUGUUUAUUCAUUUGUUCUGUGGCUUUAACUUGUUUUAUUUGCUUGAACUUGAUUGUGCCUUAAACUUGAUUGUGGCUUUAAAAAUUGAUUGUGGCUUGAACUUGUUUAUUCAUUUGUUCUGUGGCUUGAACUUGUUUAUUCAUUUGUUCUGUGGCUUUAACUUGUUUUAUUUGCUUCGCUAACUUGAUUGUGUCCUUCCUCUUUUUCGUUUUGCAGGUCACGGGCAUCAAGUCACAAGUUUGCAGGUCACGGGUAGUGUUAUGUUUUGUCUGUUUUAUGUCUAGUUGCUCAGUUUGUUUGACGGAAAGUGUAGCAUUUUCCUUCUGACUACACUUCUUUUUCACUUGUUUCACGGAUGUAAUGAAGACACCCACGGGUGUAUGUACUAAAAACUUGGUUCACGGAUUUGUAAACAAAACACCCACGGGUGUAUUUCUAUGGAUGCUCUGUAUAUACUAUGUCUUUCAUUAUCUGAAAAACUUCACAGCAGAAGGAAAAAAAAAACUAUCAUUCGCUAGUUUCUGGAAACCAAAAACAUCAAAACUCAUUGCCUAUCUUUCUUUAUCUUUCAUUAUCUUUGCAAACCAUAACAUUUUCUAUCUCUCUGCAAACAAUUUAUUUCUCUGUUUCCAAAACAAUUGUCUAUCUUUUCACUUUCCAAAAAUACCAAAAGUGUUUUUCUUUCCAAAAUACUUGACCAAAUUUACAAAAAACGGAAAACAAUGUCGACCUCGUCAAGUGAUGAAAGUGAUGAAGUAGAUGAAAUUCUAAAUGAAGCCUUUGAAGAAAUUGUGGAUCAACAUGUUGAUAAUUUCAUCGAUUCAAUCAUUAAUGUUCAAGCCAACACCCGGAAUAGACGAGGUUAUAUCGAAAGAGAUCGAGAACAAGGACAGAAACAGCUUUGGGACGACUAUUUUAGUGAUCAUCCUACAUAUUCAGCAGACAUGUUUAGGCGGCGUUUUCGAAUGAACAAGCCAUUGUUCAUUCGCAUUGUCGAUCGC